AUGGGGAAAAAGUUAUCUGGAGCGCAGAAGAGGAAGAAGAAGAGGGAAAAGGAAGAGGCUGUUGAACGGGCGAGAGCGGAUGUGGAGCGUUUGAAGCUUGGACCGACGAAGAUAUGGACGGGAUUGGUGGUGCAUCACAAGGAUGUGUUUGUAUCGCAUGUGCUUCCGAAAUUGAAUAGGACAGAUCGGUUUUUCUUUAAGAAGGUGAAUGGAGAGAGUUGGAGUGUGCUUGAGUACGCCGGGUUGAACGUAUCGGAAAUCGGUUGCACUGUUUAUGACUGUUUAUCGAUUUCGACGUUGGAAUUGGUGUGGAAUAACGUAGCUUGGGGAGAGAAAAGUAAAAUUGGAAGAGUGAUGGACCAAGCUUGGUUUUGCUUUCAGGUUGCUUUUACGAACAAACUCGAGUUGCUCAAGUGGGCGAGAGAAGUGAAACAGUGCGAGUGGGAUAAACAGACGAUUACUUUGGCAGCACUUAUGGGUAAUCUCGAGAUGCUGAAGUAUUGCUUCUCGAAUGGUUGCCCGUGUGAUGAAGAAGAGGCGUGUAAAGUGGCUGCUAAAGAAGGACACCUCGACUGUCUUCGACUUCUUUUCGACAAAGUGGAACCUUCGCGAGAUACGGAAAAAGAUGCGGCAAUACAAGCAGCAUGCGGUGGUCACUUAGACAUCUUGAAAUAUUUCGUUGAAGAAAGAAAGAUAUCGGAUGAGGGAAAGUUCACCUGCGUCGGAGGCGCUGCAAAGUAUGGCCGAAUCGAUUGUCUCAAAUACUUAGUCGAAGAGGCGAAAGUGCCUAUUGACUACUGGGAACACGUCGCGGGAGCUCGUUACUACGAGCAACCCGAGUGCGUGAACUACUUGCUCGAAAAAGGGUCUCCAGAACCAACGGACGAACAAUACGCUAUGAUUGUCGAGAUCAUAGAAAGGCAGCAAGGCUCUUAA